AUGACAAAUUCACGCCCCAUCACCUUCGGGGCCACCAUCGUCACCAGCCAGCCCAAUGCCAACGCCAUCGCUCUUAAUUUACCAGAGCAACAUCUCGACUCACCGGUACUUACGCCAGUUCCCUCCAUAGACGGCUCCCGUGAUCUGGAAAGGGGUCCAUCCGCAGUAUCACCAUUCUACGAGCACCCGGCCGCAUCACAUGAGUUUGCUCCGUCGAGUCAGCAAUACCAGAGCCUCAAAUCAUCUGGCAGAAUCACCGAAAAAGAGCUGGAGAAUGGACAAGUCAGCCCCAUUUCGAGAGAUACCGAGGUCAACCCAUUCACGAGUCAGGUGAGCAUCGGCCAUAAUAAGGAGUGCAAGAUGUGGCCUUCGAAGCAGACGCUCUUGCAAACCCGAGCUGCCCAGAAACAACAACGUCGCGCGAACCGCACGUGUGCUCCAUUGCGUGACCGCUGGGUUGCAUUGACCAAACGACAACGUCUGAUGAUCAAGAUUGCUACGGCUCUACUCGUCGUCGGAAUUGCCGUAGCCAUCGGUGUUGGCAUCAGCCUCGCCGUGAACGGCACCUACUACCGCCCUGACGGAAGCACGACGCGUGUGGGACCAGCGUGA